CAAUCACGUGGCGGCUUCGCUGUGCGCUGGCAUUUUCACCGGAAGUAGAAAGUGUUGACUGCGGUACAAGCUAAAACUGUCAAAGAUCAACACUUGAACACAUUUAUUACAAUCCCAUAUUACACUUAUUAUUAGCGUGUGUUAGUGUUUCGUCUACAGUGAUGAGUCUCCAGUGGACUGCCGUGGCCACUUUCUUGUACGUGGAGGUCUUCUUGGUGCUGCUCCUCUGCAUUCCUUUCAUUUCAGCUAAAAGGUGGAACAGCGUAUUUAGGUCUCGGCUGGUCCAAACCAUUACCUUAUAUGGCAACACUUCCUUCAUGGUGGCCAUGGCCAUCCUUGUCUUCCUGCUCAUUGAUGCGUUCCGUGAGGUGAGGAAGUACAGCGUGACAGAGAAGGUGGAUUUGACCAACAAUCCCACCGCCAUUGAACACAUUCACAUGAAACUGUUCAGAGCGCAGAGGAAUCUCUACAUUGCCGGAUUUGCACUCCUGCUUUGUCUGUUGCUGCGUCGUCUGGCCACUCUCCUUUCCCAGCAGGCCUCCCUGAUGGCAUCCAACGAGGCCUUCAAGAAGCAGGCAGAGGGCGCCAGCAACGCCGCCAAAAGCUUCAUCGAUGAAAACCAAGUACUGCAAGAAAAACUCCGAGAAGCCGGCGUGGAGGUGCCAGAGGUGGGGAAGAAAGGAGGCGGAGUCAAGGAAGAGAACAUGACUCUGAAGGAGGAAGUGAAGACCUUGAAGGAGGAACUGGACGCCACCAAGAAAGCUCUCCGUAAGAGUGACGGAGAUGUUUCCGCUAUGAAGAAACAAGCCGCAAACCUGACGCAGGAAUAUGACAGACUCCUGGACGAGCACAGCAAACUACUGGCCAGCGGUGACAAGAAGUCUGACUGAGGAGGAUGAAAAUAGAUGCUCUCGAUCAUCAUCACAGUGGUGGGCCUACUCCGUGGUGUGAUGUCACUUCCUAUUGGAGCCUUAAAGCACCUUGUUGUUUGUUUAGUUUGUUUUGUCUUCGAUCCCUUCAAAAUAAGAGCUCAUAAUCCCGUUGUUGAGGGUCCCCAAAAACAUGGGGUGUGCGAAAAAGGAGUGUAAUCCGAGCGGCACAACGACUUGACACGUGCUUGAACCUCUGCUCUCGCGUAGCAUGACUUGUUAGGCACACUCGCGAAUGUAACGCUUUUGUGUGUGUGUGUGUGUGUGUGUGUGUGUGACUUGUUUGUCACAUUGUCAUGGAAACUGCAAACACAACCUAUGUGUCACCUCCAAUACACAACUUUAACAAA